AUGGAGGCCUCCCCUCUCCUACUGCUCGUCUCACUCACUCUCCUACUUGCCACGUUUCUCCAGGCCAAGGCAGUGCCAUCCCUGCAAGAUCAAGCAGGAGCGCUCCUUGCCUGGAAAGCCACGCUCCAAAGCCACCCAGCCCAGCUGCAAUCCUGGUCAAGGGGAAACAAUACUAGCACACGGCCCUGCAGCUGGUAUGGCAUCAAGUGCCGCAAGCAUCAAGUAAGUCACCAAGAGGUGAUCACCGGGAUCUCUCUACGUGGGCUGCGUUUGAGAGGGGAUCUCGACGCCCUCAACUUCACGGCGUUGGAAACCCUGACAAGCGUUCAACUCUCGCACAACAAGCUCACUGGGAGGAUCCCUCCGAGCAUUGUGUCCCUCAAAGAGCUCCGGUUCCUGCUUCUUCGGCGCAAUCAGAUAAGGGGCCCUUUAUCACCUGCUUUAGCAUCCUUGACAAAGCUGCAGUACUUAAUGCUCCAACAGAAUGAACUCUUCGGUGAAAUACCAAGGCAAAUAGGAGAACUAGAGGGUCUUGUGAAGCUGAAUUUGUCUGCCAACCACUUGUCUGGUCCCAUCCCCGGCGAACUAGGCUACCUAAAUAAGUUGUCCAUGUUAGAUUUUUCUAGCAACAACCUCACAGGCCCCAUUCCAAGAAAUUUAGGUAAUCUCACUAGACUCACUAUCUUGUACCUUUCUGGUAAUUAUUUAUCUGGAUAUCUUCCUCGAGAACUAGGUUACCAUGUAAAUUUAAAAGAUUUGGAUCUUAGCAAAAAUAUACUGAUAGGUUCCAUCCCCAAUUCCUUUGGGAGUUUGAUUAACGUCAAUGUCUUGGCCCUAUGGCAUAACCAAUUUUCGGACAAUAUUCCUCGAGAACUAGGUUACCUAGUGAAUCUAAAAGAGUUGUAUCUUAACAUGAACAAACUCAAUGGUUCCAUUCCCAGUACCUUUGGGAAUUUGACAAAGCUCACGAUCUUCUACCUUCAUGAUAAUAAGAUCUCUCAAUAUCUUCCUCGAGAACUAGGUUACCUAGUGAAUCUACGAAAGUGUAUCUAUGGAAUAAUACAUUUUCCGGGUGUAUUCCUCGGGAACUAG